AAUAUUGGCAGCUGUAAUGAAAAGAACAUUCGUGCCCCUUUUUUUGAGAAUAUUAGAUCAAAUUUUCGAGUAGUGUUCGGAAAAAAAUAAUUCAGCAAAACAACGAAUAAUUUAUUUAAUAUUGUUGAAUAUUCUUGAAAUAUACCUUGUAUAAUAUAUGCAAUUGAGAAACGUGGAGAAAACUUGUGAAAGUGCGCAAGAGACGAAACGCUUUGAAGCAAUUUGAUUAUUACACGGAAGUCUUGCAGUAAAUUUAAUCAGUGGAUUGUGCAUUUAAUUAAACGAAAGUAAAAUAAUUGAAACUAGCUAUUUAAAAAGGCUAACCUACCUCUCCCAGUGAGGAGAUUUUAGGUUUAUGAAUAAUUGAAAUAUAUUGAAUCACCGAUAACAUCAACGUGAGACAAACAAAAAUGAAUUUAUCAUUUGCUGGAUGUGGAUUUCUAGGCAUUUAUCAUGUAGGUGUGGCAGUAUGUUUUAAAAAAUAUGCACCACAUCUGUUGUUGGAGAAAAUUGGAGGAGCAUCGGCAGGAGCACUUUCAGCAUGUUGUUUACUUUGCGAUUUGCCCUUGGGUAGCAUGACAUCUGACUUUUUUCGCGUAGUUAACGAAGCUCGGCGUUAUUCUCUCGGACCUUUUAGCCCUUCAUUCAAUAUACAGACCUGCCUAUUUGAGGGUUUACAAAAACAUUUGCCUGAAGAUGCUCACAAACGUGUUAGUGGACGUUUGCAUGUCUCCUUAACACGAGUGCAUGAUGGCAAAAAUGUCAUCGUUUCCGAUUUUGAGUCACGCGACGAGCUCUUACAGGCUCUAUUGUGUGCAUGCUUUAUUCCGGGCUUUUCUGGCAUAUUUCCGCCUCGGUUUCGAGGAGUACGGUAUAUGGAUGGAGCGUUUUCCGACAAUUUACCAAUAUUAGAUGAGAACACAAUAACCGUGAGUCCUUUCUGCGGAGAAAGCGAUAUUUGUCCACGCGAUCAAAGUUCGCAACUUUUCCAUUUGAAUUGGGCCAAUACGAGUAUAGAAAUAUCACGACAGAAUGUUAAUCGCUUUGUUCGUAUACUUUUUCCACCACGUCCAGAAUUUCUUUCGAAAUUCUGUCAGCAGGGUUUUGACGAUGCGAUGCAGUUCCUUAAUCGUAAUAAUUUAAUAAACUGUCGCCGUUGUGUGGCAGUACAAUCAACGUUUGUAGUAUCAGAAACCGUGGCACAGCCACAGGACUUUGAUCCUGAGUGUAGAGAAUGUAAAAAGCAUAGAAAUGAUGCUUUAAGCUCAAACAUGCCACAAACUGUAUUGGAUGUAAUUCAGGAUUAUAUAGAGCAAGCUAAUAAAGGACUGGCGAAUUGGAUAUUCAGACAUCGAGGAAUAAAAUUAUUGUCAUUACCAGCAACUGUGCCAUUAGAUUUCUUUAUGGCAACAAUGUCAAAGAUAACUACACUCACACCAAAAUUAGGCAAACACAUUCGCGGCAGGAUAGAAAAUAUUUUAAGAAGAUUAAUUGAAACUGUACAAACCCACAUUAUAAGCAAAUUCACAAUCUGUGAACCGCCACACUUUGAUACGACAGGUUUACUGCAUUCGAAGCGUCUAUACGGACCAAGGGUAUCAAUAUUAGUUGAUGAAUGUGGUGCUCCUUCAAUAGAAGGAGAUGUGGACAACUACGAACAUGUUCUCAAAGUAACUACCCAUAACGAUGCGCUUUAUGCUUAUUAUUAUACGGACGAUCUUACAAAUAAAGUCAAAGUUACAGAAAUAUUUGAAAUUGACGAAGAAGAAAAACUUGCGGUUGAUCCGAAACUAUUCGAAGGCAUUGUUGAAGAUCAUCCAAACCCUCGUCAGCAUCACCAUAAUGUUGUUAGUGAAUGGAACGGAGUAGAGUCUGCCUUUUAUAUUGAUGAAUACGCAUCUAACCAAAGGCCUUUCGAACGAGAUAUUAAACGAAAAACUCAUAUAAGCACUGACACUGGAUACCAGAAUGAAGACGAAUAUGCGAUCAUUAACGAGAAUGACAUUGCCGCCAAAGAUAUCGAAUAUGAGGUAUUCAGCGACCCAGAAGUUGAUCACUACUUUGGCCUUCAACAGCAGAGAAAUAAUAGAGAUGGAAAAAGGGACUUCUCUAAUGCUAAUAUAUUUACAUAAUAAAUUUGUGGAAACUCCCUUUUUGGAAACGGAAAAUUUCAAAUCCUAUAAUUUGAAAAUUGGAUCGUUAAAAUAUUUUAAUUUAUCAUAAAUAAUACUAUUAAAUAUAAGAUUUGUAUGUGAGUAAGUAUUAUAACUCUUUAGUUUACGGUUUUUAUUUAUUGAAUUUGAAACAAUAUGGUAGACUGUCGAAAAUCAUUAAUGUAAAGUAUUCGUUUUGUAUUUUUAUGUUAUAAUAGGGGAAGGUGUCGUACGUGCGUAACUAUCGGGACCUGAUAAUUUAUAAUUACUUGCGGAUAUUUGACACAAUAUUACCUCGAUGAUUAAUAAUCGAAACAGUUUAACAACUUGCAUUAAUUACUUUGAAAGUUUACUAUUAUUUUGCUAUUUUGGGUAGAAGACCAACUUGAUUUUAAAUAUGAAUUGUUAAAAAAUUUAAUAGCAAUUAAUAAAUUAGCUUAUUACCUCAAAUUCGAUGUAUUUAAUCUAGCAAAGAUAAGGGCGAUUGCCUAUUGACUAUAUGAAUGCAUACUCUUUAUUUUGAGUAUUAACCUUUCGAUGUUACAUUUGAUCAGAUUAUAUAACUAUCUAUUAUUUCAGAAAUUAAGUAAUGUGUUUUUAAUUUAAGUACUCGAGAUAUAUAAAUUAUAUUAAGAAAAUGUCAAAAAUAUUUUAAAAGAGUUACAUAUAUGCACGUGUCAGUUUUCUAAAAAAUAUAUAUAUUUAUUUGUAGCAAUGAGGUAAAAUUUAUCGCUGUCCUAUACAUUUAAGAGAUUUAAAUAUACAUAUAAUAUCUAUACACUCCAA